ACUGCAAAGAUCUUGUCACUGUGAAACCUGUUUUGUGGAAUAAGGCAUUUAGCCACUGUCACUGCUUGAUUGAUUUAGCUUUGCUUGUUUUCAUCAAAAGUUUGGAAUUUUUUGAUUGUUCUUUGAUUUUCACAUAACAAUCACUUUAAGAAUGCUGAUUGCAACACCAAAUUUCUUCCUGUCUCUUCUCUUAAUAUCCUUACUCUUUUGCCCAACACUCCUUGCCAAGUCUUCUCACCCAAUCUCGGAUACUGAAGUCAGGAAGAACAAGAUUCAGUGCUAUGCUGAUAUUGACAGUGGGUUGUGGGGUUGGUCGUGCAAAUCAUCAGCGAUAGCAAGGGAGAAUUGUGCUCUGCGAUGCCUUUCACCAGCUUGUUAUGAGCUCAUCUAUGAGAGUGACCCGCUUGAAGAGGGAGAAAAAGACUUGAUUCGCAGUCAAGAGUACAAAUACUGCAUGCAUAAGUCGUCCUUGGGGGAGAGCCUUGAGGGUGUGAAGGGUUCCUUUAGCAACUAAUCAUCAUGAAAAUUCUGAACUGAAGGUUGAAGAUUUGGCGAAUUUCUAUACUCCUUGCUAAAUUUAGAAUAGAGAAAAUGUCCUUGAGUGUCAUAGUUUUUAACUCUUCAAGAUUAUUGAGGCUAUAUAGUGUAUUAGUUUCUUCAUCCUGUGUAUCUUCUCAGCUUUUAAUCCACCAAUGAUCAUUGUCAAAGGCACAAUCUGGUUAUCCUAUUGAACUCUCAAUGGCUUUUCUUGA